UUAAGAGCGAAUUAAGGGGGCAGUUACACCCCUUAAUCUCUAUAAAUGGCAGAAAACUCAACUGAGUUCAGGAUCUCUAAUUGAUCCUCUUUUCGGCAGCUAAAAAAAGGAGAUCUUCGAAUUGGGGGGCUCUUUUUGGACAUGGGAGCACUUUUGGAUCUGGGAGAGAUCGGCAUUCACCCUUGGAGAUCUGGGAUCAUUCCUCGGCAACAGAGAUUUUUGGAGCUUUCUUCUUUGGCUUAAAAACCGAUUUGGGUUAGAUCUUAAUUAACUCUUUCAUUGAGUUUUAAACUCGCACCGAGUUCCUAAACUCGUUAAGAGUUAUUCUUAAACUUGCCACGUAAAUUCUCCUCAACCUCAAGUCAAGAGGAUUCAACCGUGUUCCACGAGUUUAAGCAUUCAGAUCAUCAACGGAAAGCAAACCUGACACGAACAUCGAGGGAGACAUCUCAUCAACACCAAGAAGAAUCCAGGUUAAACAAAGGGAAUGAUCUCCAUCGACCCUUCUCUCUUUUGUAAAUCGGGAAAACGAUCGAGAAGAUUUGUAAUUUACAUAGUGCUAGAAUCUAAAAUAAUAGCCCUCGAUCUUCAUCACAAUACUAGAGUUUUCAUAUAAUAGUUUAGUCCUUUGGUAUUGUAUCAGAGCACUCCAAAUUUAAAUCUUGUUGGCUGCAAAUUUCUAAACUACAACCCUACGUUUCUCAACCCUCACUACAAUUUUAGAAUUAUGAUUCAAUGUUAGGAACUUUAAGAUGGUAUCAAAGCAGCACAUGUUCGACUCCUCAUCGGCUAUGCGACUCCAGAUCUCAACCAAUAAAAAGGAUGUUCAAGCUAUAGGGACAUGUUAGAAUAUAAAAUUACAACCCUCAAGCUUCAUCAUAAUUUUAGGGUUUUAGUGUAGUGGCAGGAUUCUUUGACACAUAUAAAUAAAUAAACCACUAUUUUCCCCAUUUAUUGGGAAGAAAAGGAAACAAAAGGAAAAUUAGGAUUAAUCCAACUGCUAGUUUAAAGAGGAGGUAUGCAGUUUAGUUUUGACUGGUUUAAUUCCAGAUCAGAGAGAGCAGAUCAAAUCGUUUAAGGUCAAAUUACUUUGGCCUACCAAAAUAAGUUUAAAGUUCUACUCUAGUUAUUUACCACAUCAGGGUCAGGACUUAAUUUGAUUUUGUUCCACUGUACAAUUUAACUAGAGUUGCCAAAUAGAUCGUAAGGAUCAGUUAAACAACUACAUUAAAACAUGUUUAUCGAGAUCAAUUUUGACCCAAAUUUAUAAUCUUAGUCUGACAAAUUUACUAUUUGGACGUAAAACGAUUUUAAUCUGACUUAAUAAUCAUACCAGAACCAAUCUCGAGGGUGCCGGUUUAAAAUAAAUAGAUCAUAUAUAAUUCGAAAAAUGUUGCGAGAAAGAAAAGAAAGCAAUCAAAUUGAAUCUUACUCAAGCGUGAGAGGGGAAAAAAAAAGAAGAAUGUUAGUUCUAAACUAGUUUUAAUUGAAAACAAAUUUAUACAGGUUUAGUGUGCAAAUUACCAGGCUUACCCCACGCAUUCGCCCGCCCAAAUUCCUAAACCCUUUAAAAGCCCUCUCCCCUCUUUCAAAUUCUCAUUCCUCCCUCAAAUCACGCAGAAAUCAUAAAAAAUCACAGGGAAAAAGCUCACGGAAAAUAUCAAGACAGAGAAGAAUCAAUGACGCUCCUCUGCUUCUUGCUCGAUCUCCGUACAAUCCCCCCUCCACUACUCAGCGAUCUGAAGCAGAGCCUGUUGCAGCUCGCGAAUCUCUACGCGGUGACUCGUGGAAAGGAUCGAUGCGAGGAUGAUAUCCCGAUGCUUCGAGAUCUGAUCGGGUUAUGCUACAUCGAGAAUUCUCCAUCCUCUUCAUCUCCUGAGCUGAAAAUAGUCUAUAGGCCCGGGAAAUGUUUCAGUCUUCGUGAUUUUCAUCAUGCUGUCAACAAUAUGCCUAUGAAUUACAUUCUGCCCAACAACUCAAUACCUACUGAAAACAGUCAAGAGGUGUCAUUGACGUGCCUCUUCAGUGAAAAAGCAUUGUAUGCAUGGGGUGGCGAUGAUAUCACAAAGAAAGUGAUUGCUGUGUCAACCACUGGGUUUACAAGCAUUGGUGCUUUCCAGAAGUCUCUAAUGGAUGCAGCAGAGCACUGUGUUACAGUAGAGUUUACUAUAUUGGAGCAGAAAGAUAUGAAUCUAUAUAGUGGGACAUCUGAGAAACUUACUGAAUUUGUUAAUAGCAUCCAUGAGCUUGAAAACUGUGUUCUCCACAGGUAUCUUCCUGAUAGUUGGCUGUUGUGUGGCCUUGUAAAAGGAUGGUUGCAAGAGCUAAGGAAUGACAUAGAGGAACCUCUACAAGCUAUGUUUCUGUUCAAGAACACCGUUGGAAGGUCUAUAAAACAACUCUCUUGCAACUUGUCUGCCUCCUCCGUUCAGAUCAUUGAUGGUUUUACACCAUGUCAGGCCUCCUCUUCCUCAUCUCUGCACUCAACCACCACAGCAGCUCCCUCUCUGCCCUCUCCCUCCACCAUUGCACCCACUUCAAUGUCUUCACAAUUCUAUGAGGUUGCGGUGGAGAAUUUGGUGUUGGUGGUGCAGAAUUUGGAGGAGAUGGUUGUGAGUGAUGGGAGAUUGUUGAGGAGUGCUAUGACCUGUAGGGUGAAGUUCUUUGAGCACAUUAGGAUGAGCGAGAAGACCAAGGUGGAGUUUAGCACUUCUAUCCACCAAUCGAGGGGUCUUAUUGGAGAUGUUCAGUCAGGCAUUCGGGGGCCUUCCAUGGAUGCAUCAUUGAGAGCUGAGGUGACACAGCGUGGGAGUCAUUUGGAUUCAGAUGCUAAUGAUGAGUUGGUAGAUCCGAGUGCAGCUGGUGGAUAUAGCUUGGAUACGACCAUUGGUUCACCUCAGGUGGAGGUGUUUGGAUCGUUUCAGUUUGGGACCGUUGGUGAUGCUAUCAGUCGUACAUUGGAUGUUGGUAUUGGUGAAGAUUUGAGAACUCUUCUUUUGGAUUGA